CCGCAAUGAUAUGCUCUGUUCCUGUAUUUCUAUGUCCAUGUGAAAAACACUUGUGUUAAUAUUGCGCCGCAUUAUAACCUCGUUUUAUGUUUUCUGCUGGAAAGUUCCCAAUUUUACUUGCUAGAAUCUCUAGAAAACAGUUUUAUGUAUGUCCGAUUUGUUUUAUGUACAUGGGAUUGACAAAAUGUAUUCUCCUAUAAAAUUGUCUCCAUCUAAGUUAUCACAAGGAAAAAAUAUAACAGGAAUUGCUCGUCACGUACGUGAUUUGACUGCAGAUAUCCAUGCAAAUAUACAACAAUGGAAUGGUCUUAAUCUUCAGGGAAUUGAUUAUCUAAAACUUAUUAUACAUGAAAAACAAGACAAAGGUUAUUCUGAAAAUUUACAAGAUUUAUGUGACAAGUUAGAAAAUAUUUGUAAUAAUCUAGAUGAUAUUGUUAAAAAGUUAGAUGAAAUUAAGCAUCAGUUGAAAACUAUAACUGCCUUACAGGAAACUCCAACUAAAUUGUUUAUGAAUGUGUCCACAAGUACAUUUGGGGAAACAGCAGAAACUAUAUAUGAAGCAUAUUGUGAGGAAGCUAAGAUAAAACGUAAAGUACUAGAAAAUGUUGCGCACCAUCAUACAGAAUCUAUGGAUAUAUUUCAUCUCGCAGCAUGGACACAUCAACCUUCAAUAUCUGAUCGUUUAACAACAUUAUUAGAAGUAUUGCUUCUUGAAACUGGUCUCAGAAGCUGUGGAAGCGAAUAAAUGCUGUCAAUGUAACAUGUAAUUUUUUCAACAAUGUAUUUGUUCUUGUUUUUACCUUAAUGUUUUUGCUGCGUAUGAUGUAUAUGUACGUCGUUGGAAAAUAGCAUUGAUUGUAGAAAAAGAGAGAGAGAAAGAGUUUUUCACAACUUUUACACACAUAAUAUUUGAAUAAGUAUAUUAUAAGUACGUCUGUUGCUUGGGAUGUUCUUUUUGUACCAAUAAUAUAUUUAAUAAUAAUAUGUAUGUGUUUCACAUAUGUAUUUAUAAUAUACUCAUAUCGUACAUAGACUUUAAGCUCGUUCGUAAAAGCAGCAAGUAUCCGAAAUAUUUAAGAAAGAAGAUAAUUAAAUAAAGAAAAUAUAAGGGCAAGGCGAGAAAGUGGAUAAAAGGUACCCUCAAAAAAAUGAUAAUCCACAUGUGAAUGUAAAUUGAGUAAUAGUUGAAUAAUAAAUCGGGAAAUUUUAUUAUCAA